GACAUCUCUGCUGAUAUGCUAAACCAAGCAAAAAAGAAAGAGGUCUAUAACGAGUUUAUAUGCGCGUCUUUGAGCGAGCGGCCCAUUCCUGGAAUUGGAACCGGGCAAUUCGAUGCUUUGAUUUCUGGUGCGUCAAUCAUUGACGGGCUUAUUUGUUCAUCUGCUUUUGUGGAGAUGAUCAGAGUGGUUCGAGCUGAUGGCCUCCUCUGUUUCAACAUUUGGGAGAAAGAAUUAGGAUACUAUCAGGAUAUGAUGUCGAAGCUUGAAAAAGCUGGGAAAUGGAUCUGCUGGUCCAAACAGACUUUACCUCUGUAUGCAGCCGAGGAACUGCCCAAAGAAACCUUGGGAUUCGUUUAUAAAGUUUUGAAAAAUUAAUUCAAUGACAUGUUUACACCAGCCCAUUACCUUAUGAGCUCCUGAUAUCUAACGCACCUAAGAUCUUAUUCAAUGCUAAUUCUCGUAACUGAUGUAAAACGUGACUUAAAUUAAAAUUCUAAUCUGAACAUUUGAUGUGAAAUCUCGAGCAUCAAAUCACCCUAGCUGAUGUAUUUUUGACAAAAUAUUACAGAGUACAAUUUAAUAAAUCCUUUCCUGUAAUCGUAAUGUCCGUGCCACAUGAUGACAACGUCACAGACGAUAAUAGACCUUAGAAACUGUGCGAAGAUGAGAAAUCCAUUACUUAUGUAGUCACACUGAAAUAAAGGUGAA